GAAUAAUAAAAUGAAAAGAUUUUGAUAUCUCACUUGUGCUAGCAGAGCGCCUGACCAGUCAUAGUUGCUCUUGCUAUCUAUCAAAUGCAUUCACUUUGUGGCGGCAAAGCUAUCGAAUGUUUUCAUUUUAUGAGGAUACUUGCGUCUUAAAUAAUAACCUAGCCUGAAAGGAAGAUGUUUACUAGUGCACGGAAUGUAAAAAGACGAAAGGAGUUAUUAUGUUCUUUGUUCAGUUAGCAGAUGAAAACAAAUCUAGUAAUAGCGUGUUGGCUACAGGUAGGAGAAUUUAAUGGCAACUUCAAAUAUUCUGCGAGUGGUCUGCAGUGGUACGGUACAUUUGGAAAAGAAAAAUGCGUUUUACCAGGUAAUUUCGCCUUAUAUUACUAAACUCUCCUCGUGCGGAGCCGUACCCCGCUGCAAUCCCACUGCAUUGAACUCUCGUAACCUUCGGCGCUUAAUUGAAUCUUUCGAAGAAGAUGUCGCGCCAGAUAUCGACGAUGAACUGCGCCGAAAAUGCCGAGUACAACUUGCUGUCCUGGAGAAGCUUUAUACUGCCCUGGAAAUACUGGAACUACAGGGAGUUAAAGCAGCGGCAAAGUUUCUAUCAGAGCUAAUUGACGGAUGUCACAAUGACACGAACGAGGCUCUUCGCCUUGAGAUGAUAAGCAAUGAGGCUUUGAUGCAGCUUCAUCUUGAUCUAAACAGCGAAAAUGGCGCGGCUCAGAGUAAUGGACCUACUGCUGGUUUCGAUGAUUCGGUGAUGCGAGGAAAACUCAAUAAGUUGGCUGACAUUCUUGAAAAGCAUCUUCGUCAUAGCGUAACACUAAGUCGUAUCCUGAUCGCCGUUCCUUCGGCCGCGCUGUGCGAGGAAGUUAACAAAAUUCUCCUAGCAAUGCCCCGCAUCGCUUCGUCAUUUGUUUACGACGUUCGAAAAUAUUCAAAAACGAUUCACAAGAACUUUCUCGACUCACAGUACAACUGUAUUGUUGUGGUCUCAGAUCCAUCAACUAAUGAAGCUCCGACACUUGAGAUAUCUGGGAUUGAUCUUGCGAUCUGUCUUGACGUUCCUAAAACCGCCCUGCGGCGAGUUCCCAAGUGGAAAGGAUCCGUUUAUAUGCUGCUAACAAGCGUUGAAAAUCGAUCAUUUCUCGAAAAAUCAUUAUUUGUAGACGAACCUAGUUCUAAAGCAUCUAAAACGGGCUGUUACUCUAUGAACCUGAAAAGUAGCCUGGCGAAACAAGCUGCACGUGGACGUAAAGGAUACCUUACUAAAGAAGAGCAGGCCCUUUUCGACAGGAAUUUUCGCUGCGAUAUAAACGUUCUCCUACCAGAACGAGGUGCCCAUAUCCAGCAAACGGCUUCUCAGCGUCGAAACGUCAGGCAUCUAUCCUUCUCCACGUGGGGUCCGUGGCAAAAGGAGCCCCAGCAAACGUUUCGUGUUGGCCACGCCGAGGACACAGAAGCCAUGGUGCAAGCACUUGCGCUAUGUGAUAGACUCGAUGGAAAUGCGGGCAUUGAUGAUUUUGAGAAAAAGCUUUAUGCUCACUUUUGCCCAGAAGACGUGUUUUCUUCAUGGAAGGGAAAAAUGCUACGAAACGUUAACGACGAAAAAGGCUACGGGAUGGAUACGGCUGGCGAAGAGCUCGACUAUAGUGGGCAUGAAUUUCUUGCCAUUACAAACGAGAUGAGCCCAUAUGUUCUCGAUUCUGUAGAGAAAAUAAAGAAUUAUCUUAGCGACAUCGGAAUCACUACAUCUGCCCCGCAAUGUGAAGUUUACGUCAGUGUCGCAGAGACUCAAAUCAUUGCAGCGGCAACCUCAACAUACACUAUCUCUUUAACUGGCACUGAUGGACGGCCGCAAAGUCCAGAGAAUCCUUUAAUCUCUCUACGUAAACUAAGUAGUUGCAGAGCUGCUAGUCAAAAGAUGUCACCGGAACAUAUAGGUAACGAUGUACCAUUAUUGCGUAUAAGUCAGAAGACUUCAGAUUCCGAGGAUGAAGAUCUGUUUAACGAUAUAACGACACCAGCAGCCUCGAAAGUCUUUCCUUCCACAUCUACGCCGUUUCUGGCAAAAGCAACCACUCAAGGGUUAACUGACAAUCUGACACCAUUCCAUCCAAAUGAACGAAUAACACCAAUAAAACCACUUCAGCGAUCACAGGCAGCAAAUAUCGAAUCAACUAGCAGUCAAUCCCGUCUUGGAGUAACCGCUUUAGUGAACCUGGUACAAAAACGCAAAAAACAGAAGAAUUUGCAAUACUUUUUCAAAACGCAAACGCAAGAUAAACACCAGCAAGAGAAUGACCCUAAAACAAUUGUAAUUUUAUCUGAUGACGACAGCAAUCAUUCUAACGGUGCUUACGUGGGUGCUCUUUAUAGAGGCAACAGAACUGAACCCAAUGAUGCCACACUUGUGCCACAAAAUGAUACUUCCAGAGAACAAACUAGCGCUACCAACAGAGUGAAUGCCCAGUAUUCUCAGGAUGGCUAUAAGGACAGCCACGAUGGGUCUCUGUUCGCUUUCGAUGGGGAAACCCUCCGGGGAAAAACAAAACACUUAUCAAAAACUAUUUCUGGCACAUUUCCUGAAAGAGAAAAUGCCUCAAACAGGAUUGUACAACUGUCCUCCUCCCGCGAUAAUAUUCCGGAGGAUAUAGCUACUUGUGUAUAUAAUUCUGAUAACCAAGUACAUUCGCAUGUAAGAAUACAGGAAGUAGAGCAGAUAGAACGACCUAUAAUAGACGACCACGAGGAAAAAAAUGCUUGCACUUUUUAUGAGAUUAACGAAUCGGAGCUAAUAAAAAAUGCGAAAACUGAAACUGAACAACCUAUCAGUUGUACUCCUGCAAUAGAAACAACUACGAUGAGAAUUAUCCACGAAAUUUCUAGCUGUAAAGACGGUAGGGGAAGAAUGGCUUUAUAUAAAGCUGCAAAUCAUGCUCUACAAUAUGCCCAAAACUGCACUACAUCUGAUCCACCUAUAGCAGGAAUGAGUUCGGCUUCAAUUAGCGGAGCUGUUCAGAAUUCUUCAGUUUUAACCCUUGAGGACGACGAUGAUUUAUUUCAGCAGAUUGAUGAGGAAGAAAUUUUCCAAGCGAGGCAGAAAAUGAACACACAAGCAUCAGUGUCAAAAGAUGAUGGAAGUACAAAGAUUGGGGGAAAUGGUUCCUGGAACUCCAGUGCACAAAAGGCAAUUCCAACAAAAAAAAUUCGCUCAGUCUUUGAUGCUCUAAAGGAGCACGAACAAACGGUCAAGCCACGCGAAACAACGAAAUCUCUCUAUGACAUUUUGAACAAAUUUGCCGCAAAGGACAAGCAUCCAGAACUGAAAGUUAAGCGUGAGGUAACUCAUUUUGAGAAUAUAUUUACGGAUGAAUUCGAAAAGGAACUACGAACUAUUGAUGAACACGAAAAGCAGCGUACGCCGAAUUCAAAAUCAGAUGAAGGUGCCGAAAACGACUCAGAUGAAAGACGCAACGACGUAAUCGAGUCCUCUUCAGCCGAAAAGGAGAUAGGGAAAGAUGAUGUUCUACGAAAGCUUUUGAAAAAGAUUAAUGAACGACGCAAAAAUAAAGACAAGUUGGCUUCUCCACGUCCAAGAGCUACUCGGGACUAUUUAGAGGUUGUUGCUGAACCAUCGAUAAAAAAAGGAUUUAAGAAACAGAAAAUAGCCGCUGUAAAAGAUGCGAAUGAUGAAACUUCGCCUGUCAAAUGCCUGCCGAUGGCUGUAACAGCGCAGAAAGAGGUUAUUCCGUUUAAAAAAGAGGUGAUUGACGCGUUAUCGGAUGGGGAGCCAAGCAAACUGGUCGAAGAAAAACUGAAAUUCAAACUAGAUUUGAAUUCCAAAGGCCCGGUUGCAUCAGAAACUCAAGUCAAGCUUAAAAACACGGCUACUGCAACGUGGUCAAACGUAGCCAAAUCUCAGAAAAUCCAAAAGGUUGCCUAUGAAGACGAUGACGAUAAGGCAUUGUCAAGCUUUUCAGAGGAUGCCGUACCUCUUACAAGCCGAAGAUAUUUCCGAAAACAAAAAGCCUGUAAGCAAAAUUGGUCUAGCACGUCAAGCAGUGCUGAUGAAGAAGUUGGUAACCUCCUCGAGGGACUAGGAGACGAUGGACAGAAUUCUGAUAAAGUCGCCUUAGUUCAACCGACCACAGCCAGGGCUUGGCUGGAGGAUCGAACUAUGGGCAAUCUGUUUGAAGAUUUGGAGGAACGAAAACCUAAAAAGAGGCCUCGCCAUGAGUUCCUGGAAGAGGAAGCCGAGCUGGAUUCCGUGGACGAGGAUUUUGUUAGCACAGAUGAAGAUGAAACCAACCAUGACGCUUACGAAAUAAAUUCCUUCGUAGAUGAUACCUCGCCGAUCGCACAAACACAAGGUAUGUACCUUCAAGUAAACGUUCAAUUAUCGCCACAUGGAAAGCAUCCUCUUAUUCGCAGCGGUCGUAAUCUGGUCCCGAUAGAGGAGUGUUAUUCGCAGCCGUCCUCAGUUGAUGACACAAGCUACGAUUCUCAGGACUCAUUCGUCGUCAAAGGAGAUGUAGAAGAGCCGACGCUUCCACUCGAAAUCACAGUCAUGGAGCAGACAUCCAUACUAUCGUCAGUCAGAGCUAAUUCAAGCAUUACACAGAAAAUAUCUAGAGAUAAAAAAGUGUCAAACAAGAAGCGUCGGAGAGUAUUUAUACAGUCAAGCAGUGAUGAAAGCGAUAUAACAAAGUCUGUUCGAUCUGAACAUUCUUUCGUUAAAAACGCCUUGACUACGAACACUAAGCAUCAACACUCUGACGGUGAUUAUGUGAAAGACUUAAACGAAGCAAGUUACAAUAAAGACAAAGCCGCGCUAUCUGAUCCUGUUGUUCCUACCGGUUUACCCAACCUGAUGCAAUCUGCCAUUACUUCGGAUGCUCUGCCUACAAGAGUCGUGCUCGCUAACAUGGAACUCAUGGAAACCUUUCCCGAUAUUCUUGUGGGUUUAAAUCGCACUUUUAAAGGAUACCAUAUAGAACCUGUUGACAUGAAAAAUUUGGAAGAUCACCAAGCUGACAUCUACGUUGAGGACCUUUGCGUAAAAAUUUUGCCAUUUAAUACGCUCGCGUCCGACUACCUACAACAAAAGGUAAAGCAUCAACUUUCCAGGUUCAAACAAAUGGCAACCUAUCCUGUUUUGAUCAUCUACACUGGACCUGCGUCUCCGGAGACUUCCGCUUUGGCGUUACCUAUACUCGUUCAUCUGCUCAGAACAAAUAUACAAAGCUUCUACGCUAAUAACCAAGUCGACAUUCUUAUGUUACUGAAAUGUCUAGUCGGCCCUUCUCCAGUGGAUAACUCUAACCUUUUGCGGUUUCUCGAGUCUGCAGAACUUUGUCGACUAUUAAAAGUACCGGAUCUGAACAUCUCUACAGCCACCAAACUUUUAGCAAAUAAAAAAAGUGCACAAAAUGUGCUUCAGUGUUCUGCUGGGGAUAUUACACGAAUAUGCGGGGUAUCCGACCAAUCCGCUGAACAGAUUUAUACGGCAUUUCAAACACUUAGAAGUUCGAUUUCAGUUGACUAUUGAAAUGGCCGAUCAGGAUGAAAAUGUCGAUGCUGACAACGUGGUUAUGAUCGAUAUAUUGGUACCGGUUACGUACCAGGUAUCCAAAUGACC